AUGGCAACCGUGGUGCAGGCUUUGACGCAUAUAUUGCAGAAAAUAUUGGGAAAUAUACGAAAAUCCACGAGUCUUUGCGCUUUUGUGACUAAGGGAGCGGGAGGGUUUCAUGAAUGGAUGGACACAGUUAGGUUAGCGAGGCAAGAAGCCAGCGCCGCAAUGGACACCAAACUUCGCAUCUGGUGUAAGAAGAACAACUGGUCUGUUCGAUAUGCCCGGGGGUAUAUCUCCAAGACGCGGGAAUUCAGGUAUCACGUCGAUGAACAUUUUUGUCCCAUGGAUGACCAAAGUAAGCAUCACCGCCCGUUCUUUCCCCAGACAUCGAAGACUUCGGGGGGGCUGACAAGGACUCUUAAGCCUGGGUGGAUUUUGGCAGACGUCACAUGGGGAAUCUCCGCGCCCACCACAUCGAAAGGCUACAAAAACUUGAUGAAAUCAAGGAACCACUGGUAUGAAAAACACUACCAAUACUCGUGA